AUGGGGUCAUCUGGAAGGAGGAAAUGCUUUGCUAGGUACCAGGCCAUCAGCAACAGCUUGCUCUAUAUGGUCAACAUGUCCACCAAGACUUGCUUCCAGCUGUUGGCUGGGGUUUACUUUGUGGGAAUGAUAGAUGCAUUGACACACACCACACUGACAUUUCAUUCAUGUUUCUGUGGUUCUAAUGAGAUCUAUCACUUCUUCUGUGACGUCCCUCCUCUGCUGUUGCUAUCAUGCUCAGAUACUCAGGUUAAUGAGUUGGUGAUCUUCACUGUGUUUGGAUUCACUGAACUGAGUACUAUCUCAGGAGUUCUUGCCUCUUACUGUUGCAUCAUUUCAUCAGGCUUAAAGAUGCCCUCUACUGACAGGAGGGGGCUUAUGCCCUCUGCUGAGGGGAGGCUCAAAGCUUUCUCUACCUGCACCUCCCACUUAACUGCAGUCGCCAUUUUCCAGGGAACUAUGCUCUUCAUGUACUUCAGACCAAGUUCUUCCUACUCUCUAGAUCAAGACAAGAUAACUUCAUUGUUUUACACCCCAGAGAUCCCCAUGCUGAACCCUCUAAUUUACAGCCUUCGGAACAAGGAUGUGAAAGAGGCUCUAAAGAACCUGAAGAAUAAAAUUUUGUCCUAA